AUGAGAGAAUACGAGGACACGCACAGGGUAUCGCACGCGUGUUUACCGUUGAUUCCUACCGCGAACGAUUGGCAUACUGCCGUGGCGGUGUUGGCGACGAGCGAACAACAGCAACACCAACAACAACACAAAAAAGGACGUAAGAAAACGACUUCUCCAAGAAGAGAAGAGGGAGGAAAAGAAGAAGAUGAAGAAGAAGGAGCGGAAGGUUUGAGAAAGAAGACGAAGAAAAAAAGAAAGAAGAACGAGGGGGAAGCAGAAGAUAAAGAUGAUGAAGAAGAAGAGGACGAGAUUGAGAAGGUUGACGCGGCGACGCUGGCGGCGAACAUGAAGAAAGUGCCUUUGAUCGAGAGAGAUGCGAGAGGCGGCGGCGAUCCAAACUUUCACGGGUUGAGAGAAAGCGGGGAAGAGCAGGGGCGACAGGAGCAGCAGCAAGAACAUGAGCAGCAGCAGCAACAGCAGCAACAACAACAAGAGAAAGAAGCGACUCCGCCGCACUCGUCCAGGUUUCGCGGCGUGACGAAACACAAACGUUCCGGUCGAUGGGAAGCGCACAUCUGGAUACGAGAUUCGAAGAAACAGGUUUACUUGGGCGGCUACAGCAACGAACAGCACGCCGCCGAGGCAUUCGAUCUCGUAGCGAUGAAGUGCAAACUGAUGAAGAACGGGCGCAAAAUCAAGUUGAACUAUCCAGCGUCGAAAUACCAAGACUUACAAGGCUAUUUACUUUCCACGCCUCUCGAAGAGCUUAUAAUGGCGGUGCGUCGCCAGUCCCAAGGCUUCGCUAGAGGCUCUUCGGGCUAUCGCGGAGUGACAUUACAUCCAACGGGGCGUUGGGAGGCGAGAAUUGGAUUACCUGGCGGGCAAAAACACGUCUAUCUCGGCUUGUUUGAAACCGAGGUCGAAGCCGCUCGCGCGUACGAUGUAAAACUCGUCGAGUUGCGCGGUCCCUCGAUGGCGACAAAUUUUGCGAUAUCGAACUACGCGGAAUCGAUUAAACUCUUCUAUGAGGAAAAUCCUGCCGCUGUAAACGAGAGUACCGAAAGUACUCCCUCGCCGAAAGAGGCCAAGUCCAAGAAAAUGAAGAGGAAGCCUGCUCCUCAUUGA